UGUAGUAGUAGUAGUAGUUUAAAUUAAUAAAACUAAUAAAGUAUUUGUUUGUGUAUUUGUGUGCCUAUAUGCCCAUUGAGUGCCUUAUAUCCUUUGAUAACAAUACUCAAGGUGUUUAUUAUGCUGGUCAAGAAUUAUCUGGCAUUGUUGAUCUCACAGUUGACACAACAAAACGUAUUAAAGCCAUACACAUUACCGUUAAUGGUUAUGCCAAGAUACGCUGGAUAAAAAAGGGUUAUCCACGUGAUAAUGAACGUGCCAUGUGUCGAGCCUAUCGUUCGUAUUUAUCGUCACGUUCAUAUGUUUUAGGCUCAUGCGGUGCAACAACUUAUAUGGAUUGGUUAGCUGGUGAAUAUUCAUAUACAUUUCAUGUUAUACUGCCGGACAAUUUGCCAACAUCGUUUGAUGGGAAAUAUGGUCAAAUACAUUAUGAAAUAAUAACAACAAUAGAUAGGCCAGGACGUUAUCCUAAAGUUUUUAAAUUGCCAUUUACCGUAAUACAGCCAUUAGAUUUAAAUGCCGAUGCCAUAUAUAGGGUACCUUUAGAUAUUCUCGAUCGUAAACGUUUUUGGAGUUUUUGCUGUCCAACCGGUCCUCUAACUGUUAAAUUCUCCACACCCUAUUGCGGCUAUGCACCGGGUCAAAAAGUCCAUUUCGUUUUGUACAUCAACAAUGAAUCCUCCAUAGAUAUAACCGAAUGUGAUGUUAAGCUUAAACAGGAGGUCUCUUAUGAGACCCACGAUCCUCAGCAUGAGUAUCGUUAUGAUAAACAUUUGAUUGCCUGCAAACAAUUUGGCAAUGUUUUGCGUUGGAGUCGCAAAGUUUAUCGCGGCUAUUUAGAACUGCCAUCUAUACCGCCGACAUCGGUGAAAACAACGUGUCCUAUAACCGUUAAUUAUGCCAUUAAGAUUAUUAUAAAACCAACAGAAUUUCAUUGGAAAAUGAAAUUGAAAAUACCGGUGACCAUUGGUAGUAUACCGAUUAUGGAUACCGGUGGUGUAGUUGCUGGAGGUGGUAUUGGCGACGCAGCUAUUAGUGCCAUGACUAGCGUUGAUGGUGGUGGUGGUGGCAGUGCUAUAAUGGCGUCUAAUAAUAAUAGCAUAAUACGUGGUCCAUUGGAUGAGUCGUCGCCGCCACCCAUGACAACAUUAGAUGAUGUUGGCAUAUUGGCCGAAGAAGAAGAUCCAAAUCAAAAUACACCCGCUAUAAUGGUGACUGAUACAACUGACAAUCCUCCAGAUUAUAUAGCUAUGAUGCCCCCUUCCUAUGAGGAUGCAAUGGCUUUAAGUGAGAAAUUCUACGAUGACACCGAGUACAUGGAAAACGUGAGCAUGUCUAGUGUAGCUACCAAUACGAAAACGGAAAAUUUUAAACCACGCUAUCCCGUCUACUAUGAUUACGAAACGCCCAUUAUACCACCCGAGACCCUUUAUGAUGCCAUACCAACACGUUACCAUCAGCAACCUCAUCAUCAUUCUAUGGUAUUGCCAACGACGGAUAUGUCAUCAUCUUCGUUAGAAUUACAUCAUGUUAAAUCAUAUAAAAAAUUUCAAUUACUGCGUUACAUAAAGAAAUAGUUAAACGUUAUUGUUUUGGUAUUCGUCCGACAGUUAUAUAC